AACAGGUCCGUACUAAAAUUUUACACUAUUAAUAUUUUUAGUGAAACUUUUCAAAUGAAUGAACGUAUACGUACGUACAUGUACUCAGUCAUAAAACUUUUUCUUUAUAAUGGCUAUUAUUAUAUUGCAGAAAGGAAAUAAAUUUAGUUCUGCAAAAUAUAAUAAUAAAAAUAACAUUAAAUGCAAUUGUUGCUAAUGAUUAUGAUAAAAUUCCCUACACGAACCACGAAUUCAUAACACUUUAGUACAUUUUAGGAAAGAGUAAGUUGAGAACCGUUGAUCAAUGAUUAGUCUUUAAUACGCUACUUACUAACCACAAAGUACUUGUGUUUCUCGUUUAUUGAAGUUUGAUCAUUUUGCAUUCUAAAAAGUAUUCUGACGUAUUAUUAAUCCCUGAAGAAAUUACGAGGAACUGUCUUACGUAAAAUUGUAUUUUAGAGUUAGUAAUAAAUUGAAAAAUUAAAUGAAUAGUAUAGCAGAAGCUUGUAAUAAUCUUAAAAAAGAAUAUGAUGGGUGUUUCAAACUUUGGUUUUCCGAAAAAUUUCUUAAAGGUGAUUUAGACGAUUCAAUGUGCUCGAAUCAUUUUAAAUUGUACAAUCAAUGCCUUCAGCAAGCCAUGAAAGAUCAGAACAUAAAUCUGGACGAAGUGAAUGUAGCUCAUUUGGGAACAGAACAAGAGAAGAAAUCUGAGAAUUGACAAUUAUGAUUUUAAUAGGAUUUUCUCUUAAUUAUUCUUAUGGAUGUUAUAUAUAUUUAAAUAAAUCAUUAUUUUUAUCAUAAAACAAUUUA